UGUUUUUUUUUUUUUAUGCCCAACCAGAAACAGUUGCUGUAAUUCCAUCCGUGUUCUGUUUCUCUAAAUUAGUUGAAGUGGGAUAGAGUUACUAUUGCGAAGUUAAAAAAAUAUUUUUUUAAAUUCAUAAACUAUAUUGUAUUCUUUCCUUUCACCGUCAAGUUUUUUUUUGUUUGUUUUGGUUUUUUUUCAUCCCACGGUUCGGUUUUUGUCGUCCACACGGACACACUUGUUUUGUUUACCCACUGCUAGCAACGGAGGUAAACGAUGCUAGGUCCGGAUGGAAAUCGUUUUUGCGUAGAAACUACGCGGAUAUAUUAAGAGGACAUCCCGUUUUAACUUUGUAACUCGGACAAAGGGAACCUAACGAAGACUCUCCGUGGGACAAGAUGAUCGAGGUGGUGGCCUCCAUGGCUCGGGGCCCUGUGUUUCUGGCCGGGGAGCUAAUGGAGUGUCUCAUCACUUUCAGGAACCCCAUGACCCACUUCUCCACCUCUGCGAGCAGUGAGAUGUUGGCGUGGGCCAGUGCCCAGAUCCACUGCCAGUUUCACGCCAGCGAGAGCAGAGUGAGUUUGCCAAGCCGGGGCAGCAAGCAGGACGUCCAGGCCGACAGCGACACAGUCCUCAUUCCGAGCAGAGGAGAGCGAGGCCAAUGUGUUCUGGACACGCCACCCAAGAUCCUGUUCUGUGACCUGUGUCUGGAUCCAGGAGAGAGCAAAACCUAUUCGUACAGCGAGGUCGUACCUGCCGACGGCCCUCCCAGUUUCCGCGGCCAGGCCGUGAAGUACGUCUACAAACUGACCAUCGGCUGUCAGAGGGUCAACUCUCCCAUCAAACUUCUCAGAGUUCCCUUCCGAGUUUUAGUUCUGCAGGGCAUGCCAGAACCCCCAUUUACCCAGGAUGAGGAAGUUUCCCCCUCGAACCCGUUCCUGGAGGAAGAGGAAGCGAGUCGGAGGGAUGCGCGGCCUUUGGAGAGAGCGCUCGACAUGCUCAUGGUCUCCACGUCGAGACGCUGCCCGCACAUGUUCAACAUCACCAACGUGCGAGGGAAAGUGGCAAAGUUCUGCAUCUUCAAGACUCUGUACAGACUCGGGGAGGACAUCAUCGGCUCGUUCAACUUCUCCGAGGGUGACAUUCCCUGCUUACAGUAUUCCGUGAGCCUCCAGAGCGAAGAGGAGAUACGGCAGGAGUACCAGCGGCGUCCCGGCCAGCCUUUCAGCGUGACCGGACACGGACGUCAUCUGGAAUCGUGCCUGCACACGGCGUCGAGCCACUUCUCCCUCCCCGUGCCCCUCAACGUCACGCCGGGCUUCGGCACGGACAUCGUGACCCUGAGGUGGCGCCUGCACUUUGAAUUCGUCACCGCUCGAGAGCCCGCCGAGCCGCCCGUCGUGCUCCAGAACGAGUCCAAGGCGACGGUGUGGGCCGGCGCCGAGCACGUCGAGGUCGACACCUUCAGCUGGGACCUGCCCAUCAAGAUCCUGCCCACCAACCCGGCCUUGGCCUCCUACGAGUCGCAGUUCACGGGCACCAACAGCAUAAACAUUUGACUGUGAACCAAGAUGAGCCAUUCUAAAGCAACUUUUUCUGGUCUAAAUGCUGAUUGCUUACCUCACAAUGAACAUUAUAUGUUAAUACAUCCUAAUUAAAAGUGUGAUUGAAAGUGGA